AUGACAUCAAUUGAAGUCAAGUCACGUUCUAGAUCACUUAAAUCAUAUUCAUCAAAUGAGUUGACUACGGACUCUUUAGUGGAUGAAUUGAUUGAAGAGCUCAGUGUCGAUAAUCACAUCUCAAGACACAGACUCAGAUUGAGCAGGUUGGAAAAUGACAAACAAGUUGCGUUAAUUGCCGACAAGACAUUUGCCCAAAAUGGCAUUCCCAAAAAUGAGACAAAUAUCCAGCUUUAUGUAAAGGAUUUAGGACCACAGAUUUCGUGGCGUACAGUGUUUGUAGUGGAAUACUUUGGACCAUUUGUAUUCCAUGUCUUGUUUUACAAUUUUGCUUCGUUGUACAAUGUGAAACCGUUUCAGCAUACUCAAACCCAGACUUUAGCCUACUGGAUGGUUUUGUUGCAUUUCGCCAAACGUGAAUACGAAACAUUAUUUGUGCACAAGUUUUCCAACGCCACCAUGCCUGCGUUUAACAUUUUCAAAAAUUCCACUCAUUAUUGGAUCUUGUCGGGAUUCAAUUUAGCGUACUUUGUUUAUGCCCCAGUUGGCAAAUACUCUGGAUUCUUGAGCACAUUGUUUCAUGUGAAUGAUUUGUCAUCGUGGGCCAAAUACUCGUUAGUUGCAUUGUGGGCUUUUGCGGAAUUCUCCAAUUUCAAAACCCACAAGAUUUUGAGUAACUUGAGAAACAAAGACACAAAAAAGUAUGUCAUUCCAUUUGGUUAUGGAUUCAAUUUAGUUUCGUGUCCAAACUACUUUUUUGAGUCUUUGGCUUGGUUAUCCUAUGCAUUGUUGGUGGGCAACUGGUCUGCGUGGAUUUUCCUCUUUGUUAGUACUGCUCAAAUGUGGCUUUGGGCUGUGAAGAAACACAAGAGAUAUUUGAAGACAUUUGGUGAUGAGUACAAGAAGUUAAAGAGAAAGAUUUUUGUUCCGUAUGUAAUCUAG